AUGAUUCGCUCGUUGCAAAUUCAAUCGCACGUCCCAACUCGCGUCGUCGUCGGUGUCCCCGGACGUCCUGAUCGACGCUUGACGGUAAAUAGAGCGCGAACAGAGCGUUAUGAUCGUGCGCGCACGUCUUUGGCGGCGACAUCGUCGGAAGACGCACGAGAGAUUCCGUCGAGCACGCGAGCGCCGGAUUCGCUGACAGUGGACGAGGCGAGACGCGAGCUUGAGCGCUUGAACGAGGAAUUGGCGCAUCACGAUCGAUCGUAUUACAACGACGGCGAGGGUGUGAUCUCGGACUCGGAGUACGACAGUUUGCGAGCGCGGUACUUGGCGAUCGAGCGGUUGCAUCCGUCGGCGGCGCGAGCGCUCGGCGCGAGUGCGCGCGUCGGAGCGACGCCGGACGAUCAGAGCGGGUUGGAAAAAAUAGCGCACGCAACGCCGAUGCGGUCGCUAGGGAACGCGUUUGACAUCGCACAGGUAGAAGCAUUCGUGAAUCGCGUGGAGAAGGCGCACGGGGAGAUUGGGGUGGAGUUAUGUGCUGAGCCAAAGGUUGAUGGUGCGAGCGCGAGCUUGAGAUACGAAAACGGCGUUCUCGCGUACGCCGCGUCAAGAGGGGACGGAGAGAUGGGCGAGGAUGUGACGAGACAUUUAGUCAGCGCGCGUGGCGUCCCUACGCGAUUGAAAGCGCCUUAUCCGGCGGUUUUGGAGAUUCGCGGCGAGGUGCACGUAGCCGAGGAAGAUUUCCGACGAGUCAAUGCGGAACGCGCUGCCACGGGAGUUCGCGUGUUCAAAAACGCACGCAACGCCGCCGCGGGGGCGAUGCGAUUGCUCAAUGCCGAAGAUAAUCAAAUGCCUCUCAGAUUUUUAGCCUACGGCUGGGGAGCGGCGGGCGAGACGGAUGCGGACGCGAACGCACCGUGGGUCACGCAGAGUGAAUUCUUGAGCUCUUUCCUACCGUCGCAAGGUUUCGACGCCGUCCCGGUGUUAGGCGUGACGUCCACGGUCGAGGGACUCAUGGAAACGUAUGAAGCGCUCGAGAUCGCGCGUCCAAGCAUGCCGUACGAAAUCGACGGCGUCGUGUACAAGGUGAACUCGGUGGCGCUUCAGCAAACGCUCGGCGCCGACGCAAGGCAACCCCGAUGGGCGAUCGCGCACAAAUUCACCGCCAUGAGCGCCGUGACGACGCUGCGCGCCAUAGAGAUUCAGGUCGGGCGCACGGGCGCGCUGACUCCCGUCGGGUUGCUCGAUCCCGUCGACAUCGGCGGGGCGUGCAUCCAGCGAGCAACAUUGCACAAUUUUGAUGAAAUUGGUCGCAAGAGACUCAAAGUUGGCGCGCAAGUCAUGGUCGAGCGCGCGGGUGAUGUCAUCCCGAGAGUCGUCUCGCUCGCGGGCGAAGACUUAGCCGAAGCCGCCGCGUACCCCGAGGACGCGCUUCCGCUCCCGGAGUGGCUUCCACCGUCCAAGUGUCCUGAUUGCGGCGCGUCCGUCGUGCGAGCGCCACUCUCCGCUUCGAAGAACGCGAUGGGAACCAUCGUGCGCUGUACCGGUGGCCUGAAGUGUCCUUCACAGUCAAUGGAACGCUUGCUGCACUUCUGCUCGAGAGAUGCUCUGGAUAUUCGCGGAUUAGCUCGCGCGACGCUCGAGACGCUCCACAGAGAAGGCGUCGUGAAGACGCCCGCCGACAUUUUUACCCUGGAACGACGAUUUGGCCCAGAUAGUGGUGAGACCGUGCCGACGUGGUGGCGAUACACCGGUGUGAAGAACUCCAAGGGUGAAGUCAAGGAGGGAUCUGACGGAUUAAAGGCGAGCGCGGUCAAAUUGUUUCAGGCGAUUGAGCUUCGCCGACGAGGUGUACCCUUGCAUAGAUUCAUCUACGCCCUGGGGAUCCCCAACAUUGGUGCGCAUACGGCUAAAGUCUUAGCGACGCACUACGUAAGCCUGGAUGCGUUUAGGAAGGCCUCUAUGGCCGCGGCGAAGGGCGGUUCGACGAGCUUGGCGUACGGCGCGUUGACGCACAUUGACGGCGUCGGACCAGUCUUGGCGCAGUCAUUGGUCGACUUUUGGGGCGAGCCUGCGAACGCCUCGAUCGUGAGCGAAAUAAUUGCCAACGGAGUCGUUGUUCUCGACGCCGCCGAGAGCUCGAAACCAUCAUCGACGCGUCAGCCACCGGCUGCACCGUUGUCGUCGGCUACAUCCGCUGCAUCCACCAAGCCCGCCGAGUACUCCGCACCGGGCGCCAACCUCACCGGCGCCAAGAUCUUAUUCACCGGCACCGUCGACGGCUAUCCCCGAGAAACCGUCCAUCGCCUGAUAGAAUCCGCCUCUGCUGAGGUCGUCUCCUCCCUGUCCUCAAAGACGACGUGCGUCCUCGCCGGAAGCGGCGCCGGACCCGCGAAGCUCGCCAAGGCUUCCGCCCUCGGCGUCCCUAUCAUCGACGCCGCGGAUUUCAUCCUCGCCCUCGAUCGAGGCGAACCUGUUUCGAUCCCUCCUCGCCAAGAUUAG